CUCUCCUCUACUUUUCUAAUCGAUUCCCAGCUAUUCGCUUGUCCUCAUUCAUCUCAUCUUAUUGUCAUCGUAAGAUGGUAACACGCAUUGGUUACCCACGAACCAAUUAUUUUCAAGUUCUAUCACACCGCUCUAAACGAGCUCGUGGAGUUUUGCUAUCACGUUACUGGCUCAGCUCAAUUUUUCUACAGCCUACUCAUUCGCCCACGGAGCUGAGCUACAUGAUGAAGAAUAAGAUAACAUUAAUAUAAGUUUAUGACUUAAUUGUCAAUUUUUCCAUCUAGAUCUAUCCCGUCCCUUUUUGCGUAUGCAUUGGCCUCUAGUGUUGUUCAUGUCGAUAUCAUCGGCCCCUCACCCCGAAUAGCACCACUUUUAGGUAUGAUUGGGGAUAGGCCCCCAGACUUAAACCGGACAGCAGUGGAUACAUCAUUCCUACGUACCUACUGGGUAGUAUCGAGAGCUACUCUGGAAAUGGAGAUCUCCAAAAGCCUCUUUUUACAAUCUCUUACCUCUUCAAAUGAAUGUCAUGCUGCAUAUCUAUUGAUUGAUAUCAUUCCGUUUGUGCGGUCUAUCAACAUGUCGAUUCUGGACAAACUCGGUUAACUUGAGCCCCCUUCCUUCUUAUAUGGGUUCAUCUAACGCUCAUGGCAUCAUGCUGUACCAGAUUAAGUGUUCAGGAACCAGCCCUACGGCUAAAUGAUAGCCUACCAAUGAGGCAAUAUGGCAACGGAGGUAUAUUAUCCGUCGCUUUAUACCUCGGCACCAUCUUAUGGAAAUAAGUAUCUAAGCUACUGCUAUGGAGAUCUCUCCUGUGCCUUGGCGUUUUUAUCUCUGUUGGUUGUCGCGAACAUGGCUUCCACCUCGUCGAAUGCGCUGAGAAGCCUCAGCUUCAAGUUCUCCCUCCUAACCACCUGGUUGUUAUGGUGGACACUAUGCACUACUGCGCUUCCUACCAGUAAUGUUCCACGCCAGGACGAAGACUCACAUUGGGUCGCAACAUGGACCUCGAUGCCGCAGCUGGUGGAGCCUAAUAACAUGCCACCCUCUCCAUUCUCGGGUUCAGCCGCAUUCAAGGAUGCCACUCUUCGUCAGACAUUACACUUGUCUAUCGGUGCCGAGAGAUUACGCUUCCAGAUCUCCAACACCUUCGGCGGGAGCGAUCUUCCUAUCACGGAAGCUUCCGUAGCUCUUCCAACGGGCGGAAAAACUGGAGUUAACGGGAUCGAUACGGCCACUUUGAAGGGUCUCACCUUCAAUGGCUCGAGUUCGGUUACGAUCCCUAAGGGCCAAGUUGCUUAUACGGACCCAAUCGACUUCAAGGUUGACCCUCAGGGAACUAUCACAGUCAGCCUGUAUUCUCAACCGGGCCAGUCUGGAAGCAGUAUCACGGGACAUCCAGGAAGUCGAACUACGUCAUGGAUGCAACAGGGCAACCAUCUAAACGCAUCGAUCGUCACAGGCGCGAGUACCGCACACUGGUACUUCCUUACCGCUGUCGAAGCUUGGGCCCCAAAGACGACCGGUGCUUUGGUGAUUCUCGGGGACAGCAUUACGGAUGGACGCGGAAGCACGGAUAAUGCCAACAAUCGAUGGCCCGAUUUGCUUCUUGCCCGAAUGCAAAAAGAAGGAAUUACUAAUAUUGCUGUGUGCAAUCAAGCGGCGGGUGGCAAUACUGUACUGACAGGCGGUCUAGGGCCACCACUCAUGCAACGCUACAAGCGGGAUCUUCUCACUACCGCUGGCGUCAAGUACGCCCUCAUCUUCGAAGGCGUAAAUGACAUCGGGGGCGCGUCUACGGACUCGGGAACGCAGACUCGCAUCGGAAGCAGUUUGACAUCAUCCUUUAAGACCAUUGCCACUGACGCAAAGGCGGCUGGCUUGACCGUCUUCGGGGCAACAAUAACUCCGUUCGGCGGGAGUGGGCAAAGCUACAGCAACCCUACCAGAGAUCAAACGAGACAGACGGUAAACAAAUGGAUUCUUGGUGGUGGUGACGGUAGUUUUGAGGCUUCAAUCGACUUUGCUAAAUUCGUGGCCAAUCCUUCGAACGCAGCUAAUCUGGCUUCCCAGUAUGACGGUGGAGACCACUUACACCCCAACGGCGCAGGUUACCAGGCAAUUGCUGACCAAUUCCCUCUAGAUAUUUUCAAAGGGAAUGCCACUGCUGUAUAAAACGCUAGCUAAAAUUUAUUGACCAACAUAGCGUAAUAUAUUGGCCUGCCAGGGUUCUAAACUCGAGUGUCAACCUGUGGCUGUGUGAUUGAGAUAUCAAUUUCAGCGGGCCGAAGAUAUCAUUUGCUAUAAACCCCCCUUUUACAGCUACAUGAAAGCAUUUAUCUACCUACUAGUAUUCAUUCAAGCUGUGCCUAGGUCCUACUCCAUACGAUAACAGGAAUCAUUCGUAGUCAUUUGCAUUGUCAAGUUAGUUAGAAGUAUUCAUAAUUUCUUCGGGAAACGAGGCUAUCUCAGUGACUAGAAGUAUUACAGGCCUUCUUCUCAGUCGAAGUUUCCCACCAAACACC